AGCGCGUCCCCGAGUUUCUGCAACAUCAUCCCCGACAACCGUUUAGCUUCCAGAAAAGCACAUCCAGUUGAGCCGCAUCUGUAGAUUGUGUAUCCCAUUUUGUAUAGCCUUUGCGGCUCAUACCGUCUUGUCGUCAAGACUUUCUGGCACCUUCUACGUCCCCACCUGCAAGUAGCGGCACCAUCAACCCUCCCUCGCCAUGGCCUCGUCCGCCAUUCCAGCCGCCGAUCUCCGCUCAUUUACGGAAUACUUUAAAGGAUGCAAACGCGUCCUCGCUCUCCUGGGCGCGGGGAUCUCUGCAUCGUCCGGUUUGCCGACUUUUCGGGGCGCCGGGGGGCUAUGGAGAUCCCACGAUGCGACGGAUCUCGCCACCCCCGAAGCCUUUGAGGCCAAUCCAGAUUUGGUGUGGCAGUUCUACAGCUAUCGCAGACAUAUGGCAUUGAAGGCGAAGCCGAAUCCGGCUCAUUUUGCGUUGGCGGAGCUAGCUAGGAAGAACAAGGACUUUAUCACGUUAACCCAGAAUGUUGAUGGUCUUUCACAGCGAGCCAAUCAUCCCUUGCAACAGCUGCAUCUCCUUCAUGGGUCUCUUUUCACGGUGAAAUGCACCUCGUUCUACUGCAACUACUCUCGUGAGAAUGAUUUCACGGAUCCCAUUGUCCCGGCCUUGGAAAUCCCCAAGGGAAACCCGGAAUUCAUCUCUUCCACCGAGGACAAAACCGGCGAAAGUGCUUCAAAAUCUAUGUCUGAUUACCUAGGGAAUGCAGAGGCACCGGAAGCCGACAUAUCUGACGAACGGGUACCGCUUCCUGCGCUAAGUCUGGAUGUGCUUCCGCAGUGCCCCGCGUGUAAAGAUGGCAUUCUUCGGCCGGGGGUUGUUUGGUUUGGCGAGAGCUUACCCAUGCAUACGCUUGAUAUGGUGGAUAGCUGGAUGCGUUCGGGGCCGAUUGAUCUUAUCCUGGUCGUUGGUACGAGUUCCCAAGUCUAUCCCGCUGCGGGAUACGUCGAUAAAGCUCGCGAUCGGGGCGCGAGAGUCGCAGUGGUCAACAUGGAUCGCAAUGACAUUGGGGCUUCGGGGUUGAAACAGGGGGACUGGUUCUUCCAGGGCGAUGCAGGUACCAUUGUUCCGGAGAUGUUAAAGGAUUUUAUCGGGGAAAUUUAGGGAAAUGCAAGAAAUUACGGUGGGAGUCGAUGGUGAGGGUUAUAAAAGUAACUUCCAG